AUGGACAUGGGCGCUGCGGGUGCAUUCAGCCUGUUUUCUGAACGCGAUUACUAUACCACUCCUUCGGUACCCCAAUUCGCUAGAGAGCCUAGCUAUGUCAAACACCGUUUCUCCUACCUCAAUCCCCGAAUCGCCUUCAACGCUAUCAGAUCUGCGUAUAGCCCGACCUGGGACAUCGAGGCCGACGAGGGCGAGGAAGAGUAUACUGAGCCGGCCGUCGACUUACAGAUACCUGAGCGCGCCAAGCUCGCCGAAAUCCUCGGCAACCAGCCAGACAACUUAAGCUCCGCAGAGCUGCUCGAACUCCGCAUCCAGGCUGCUGAGCUCAUGGCCUCGUUGUGCGAUAAGCGAGAGACCAGAAAGAGAGACCGCAUCCGGCAGAGGGCACGGACCGAUGUUGCAGCGAAGGAGGAGUCUCCCGGGCUUGACCCCUUUCCACUGCUAAUGGAAGAAGCAAUGCCCACUCUGUAUCGGAGAUGA